CAGGGCUUGGUCCGUGACAAGAUUACAGCCACACCGCCAUACCACCGUCAAUCAUGCUCUCUUGUCUUGCUUCUCGUACGCUUCUAACGGGGCACAUCAGCAAGAUCCCUGAAAGGCCAUUUCACAUGAUUUUAGUGGCUACGAGAAAGGCUUUUAAAAAUGUUAUUGGGGAGGAUAGCGGCAGAAUAUUUAUGUCGGAUUUGGCACGGGCUACGGCUACUUGCAGACGCGUGUCUUCUGUUUCUAUUCAUCAGCAUAUAUGCCAACGACCGUAUAAGCCGCAGCAGACGUAUUUGCAUAUCCCUAUGCGCAAAUUUUCAUCGGCCCCUCCCUCUCCCGCUGAAGUUUUGUCGGUGAAGAAAGAGAAUGGAGGAGACUUUGCUGGACAGCCACAGCGCACCUUGUUGACGAAGCUUCAGGAAGAUGGGGCCUCUCCUCGGGUACUGUGGGAUGCCUUACAAGAGAAAUGCAAGGGCCAGAAACUCCCUCGCCGACAAGACCUGCACGCACUGUUCCUUUCCGCCUCCAGGAACAGCUCCCCCGAGGCCAAAGAGAAGGACAAAGCACUCCUAUUAUCAGCAGUGGACCUUUUCCUAUAUAAAAACGUCGAGUUCAGGGAAGCCUCUGCCUCCCUCUUCCUUCGGGCCAUGCUGCGCUUGGACGGAUUGGGCGAAGCGGUCGACGCCUUGCUGGCGCGGGAAAAGAGACUGGGGCUGUGGGCGCAGCGGAAAAUGUUGCACAUGGCAUUGCAUAGGCUGGGCGUGGCCAAGGACACAGAGCGACUCUUGAAGCUUUUUGAUGCCAUGGAGCCUUUCAUGAAUGUGAAUCGCAGUGCCCGGUACGGUUAA